CGCCGCUAAAAACUAAUUGCGGCGUGUCGCAAAUAUUUGUUGUGAAAUUUGGAUUUCUAAUUAAUUAUUUAAUUUGAUAAAAAUCAAAUUGUUGACUAUUUAAACGCAGUAAGUGCCAGGGCACUCUAGCAAACUCACCAAGAUGAUGUACGACAAUGAAGAAGAGCUGUACGAGGAGGAGAAUGCUGAAGAAAUUUCGCACGAGCUGUGGCAGGAGGCUUGCUGGAUUGUUAUAAACGCAUAUUUCGAUGAGAAAGGUCUUGUGCGGCAGCAAUUGGACAGUUUUGAUGAGUUCAUUCAGAUGUCUGUACAACGUAUUGUUGAAGACUCGCCAGCCAUUGAGCUGCAAGCAGAGGCACAGCAUACCUCAGGUGAGGUGGAGACGCCUCCAAGAUUCUCGCUGAAAUUCGAACAGAUCUACUUGUCCAAGCCGACACAUUGGGAAAAGGAUGGUUCGCCAAGUCCUAUGAUGCCGAAUGAGGCUCGUUUGCGAAAUCUAACCUACUCAGCUCCUUUGUAUGUUGACAUCACAAAGACAAAGAAUGUUGAAGGCUUGGACCCAGUGGAAACGCAACAUCAAAAAACUUUUAUUGGCAAGAUUCCGAUUAUGUUGAGGUCUACGUAUUGCUUACUCUCUCAGCUCACCGAUCGUGAUUUGACGGAGCUUAACGAGUGUCCCCUCGAUCCUGGCGGCUAUUUUAUUAUCAACGGUUCGGAAAAAGUGCUCAUUGCUCAGGAAAAGAUGGCUACCAAUACUGUGUAUGUGUUUAGCAUGAAGGACGGUAAAUAUGCCUUCAAGACAGAAAUCCGAUCUUGCUUGGAACACAGUUCACGUCCCACUUCAACACUGUGGGUUAAUAUGAUGGCGCGUGGAUCACAGAAUAUUAAGAAGUCGGCCAUUGGACAAAGAAUUAUAGCUAUUUUGCCAUACAUCAAGCAAGAAAUUCCAAUUAUGAUUGUAUUUCGUGCUCUGGGUUUUGUGGCCGAUCGUGAUAUAUUGGAGCAUAUCAUAUACGAUUUCGAUGAUCCCGAAAUGAUGGAAAUGGUCAAGCCUUCGCUGGAUGAGGCUUUCGUGGUGCAAGAACAGAAUGUGGCCCUGAAUUUUAUUGGUGCCCGAGGAGCACGUCCCGGUGUAACCAAAGAUAAGCGUAUUAAAUAUGCCAAGGAAAUUUUGCAAAAGGAAAUGUUACCCCAUGUGGGCGUCUCCGAUUUCUGUGAGACCAAGAAAGCAUAUUUCCUUGGAUAUAUGGUGCAUCGUCUACUGCUGGCCUCUCUGGGUCGUCGAGAGUUGGACGAUCGAGAUCACUACGGUAAUAAGCGCCUGGAUCUCGCUGGACCCCUAUUGGCCUUUUUGUUCAGAGGUCUCUUUAAGAAUUUAAUGAAAGAGGUUCGCAUGUAUACCCAGAAGUUUAUUGACCGCGGCAAAGACUUCAAUUUGGAACUGGCCAUUAAGACAAAUAUUAUCACUGAUGGUCUUAGAUACUCAUUGGCCACUGGCAAUUGGGGAGAUCAGAAGAAGGCCCAUCAGGCCAGAGCUGGUGUCUCUCAGGUGUUGAAUCGUUUGACCUUCGCCUCUACAUUGUCGCAUUUGCGACGCGUUAAUUCGCCCAUUGGACGUGAUGGUAAACUGGCCAAACCUCGCCAGCUGCAUAACACUCUUUGGGGCAUGUUAUGCCCUGCCGAGACUCCUGAAGGUGCUGCUGUCGGUCUUGUAAAGAACUUGGCACUGAUGGCCUAUAUUUCUGUGGGCUCACAACCGUCACCCAUUCUUGAGUUCUUGGAAGAAUGGUCCAUGGAAAACUUGGAGGAAAUCGCCCCCUCGGCCAUAGCAGAUGCCACAAAAAUCUUUGUAAAUGGCUGCUGGGUGGGUAUUCACAGGGAUCCCGAACAGUUGAUGGCCACUUUGCGUAAAUUGCGUCGCCAAAUGGACAUUAUAGUCUCGGAAGUAUCAAUGAUUCGUGAUAUUCGAGAUCGUGAGAUUCGUAUAUACACAGAUGCCGGACGUAUCUGUCGUCCCUUGCUCAUUGUGGAGAAUGGUUCGUUGCUGCUGAAGAAGACCCAUGUGGAAAUGUUGAAAGAACGCGACUACAACAACUACAGCUGGCAGGUGUUGGUGGCAUCUGGUGUGGUGGAGUAUAUUGACACUUUGGAAGAGGAAACCGUAAUGAUAGCCAUGUCGCCGUAUGAUUUGAAACAGGAUAAGGAUUAUGCGUAUUGUACAACUUAUACGCAUUGUGAAAUCCAUCCAGCCAUGAUUUUGGGUGUCUGUGCUUCGAUUAUACCAUUUCCCGAUCACAAUCAGAGUCCUCGUAAUACCUAUCAAAGUGCUAUGGGUAAGCAAGCUAUGGGCGUUUACAUAACUAAUUUCCAUGUGCGGAUGGACACACUGGCCCAUGUGUUGUAUUAUCCUAUGAAACCCUUGGUCACAACACGUUCUAUGGAAUAUCUACGUUUCCGUGAGUUACCCGCUGGCAUUAACUCAAUUGUGGCUAUUCUUUGCUACACUGGUUACAAUCAGGAGGAUUCUGUCAUUUUGAAUGCUUCGGCAGUAGAGCGUGGAUUCUUCCGUUCGGUGUUCUAUCGUUCUUACAAGGAUGCAGAGAACAAGCGUGUGGGCGAUCAGGAAGAGAACUUUGAGAAACCACAUCGUGGCACUUGUCAGGGUAUGAGAAAUGCCCAUUACGACAAAUUGGAUGAUGAUGGCAUCAUUGCUCCCGGUAUUCGUGUAUCUGGUGACGAUGUGGUUAUUGGCAAGACAAUUACCUUGCCCGAGAACGAUGAUGAAUUGGAUAGCAAUACCAAACGAUUUGCCAAGCGUGAUGCCUCCACAUUCUUGCGUAAUUCGGAAACGGGUAUUGUGGAUCAGGUUAUGUUGACACUAAAUAGCGAGGGUUAUAAAUUCUGUAAGAUUCGUGUGCGCUCUGUGCGUAUACCCCAGAUUGGUGACAAAUUCGCCUCACGUCAUGGGCAGAAGGGAACCUGCGGAAUACAGUAUCGACAGGAGGAUAUGCCAUUCACAUGUGAAGGAUUGGCCCCUGAUAUUAUUAUCAAUCCUCAUGCCAUUCCCUCUCGUAUGACAAUUGGCCAUUUAAUUGAGUGCUUGCAGGGCAAACUUGGCUCCAAUAAGGGAGAAAUUGGUGAUGCUACGCCAUUCAACGAUGCCGUUAACGUGCAAAAGAUUUCCACCUUCCUGCAGGAAUACGGCUAUCAUUUGCGUGGCAAUGAGGUCAUGUAUAAUGGUCACACAGGACGCAAAAUUAACGCUCAGGUCUUUUUGGGUCCCACAUACUAUCAACGUCUCAAGCAUAUGGUGGAUGAUAAGAUUCAUUCACGUGCUCGCGGUCCUGUACAGAUUCUUGUGCGUCAGCCUAUGGAGGGCAGAGCACGUGAUGGUGGCUUACGUUUCGGUGAGAUGGAGCGCGAUUGUCAAAUCUCUCACGGUGCAGCACAAUUUCUGCGCGAGCGUCUGUUCGAGGUCUCCGAUCCAUAUCGGGUACACAUCUGCAAUUUCUGUGGGCUAAUUGCCAUCGCCAAUCUGAGGAACAACACUUUUGAGUGCAAGGGCUGCAAGAACAAGACACAAAUCUCUCAAGUUCGUCUGCCCUAUGCGGCCAAAUUGCUCUUCCAGGAGCUCAUGUCCAUGAAUAUUGCUCCACGGCUGAUGGUCAGCUAAGUGACUGACAUAUAAUUUUAUAAUAUAAGCACAAAACUUAAGAAACUUAAUUAUUCAAAAGAAAUUUGUAAUUAUUGUGACAACUGUCAUCAACUAUGGCUUAUUCUCUAUUGUUUUCUAAUCUUAUACUGUACUCUUUGGAAGUAGAGCAUGUGCCUGAGCUGCAUUUUCAAAACCCGACAAUGGUGACGGAACGUGCUCUGAGAUCCGAAAAUAAAAAUGUUAAGGCGAAAGUAUGUAGAUGGCAUGUUCAAAAAUGAAA